UAUAUAUAAAUUAACAUAAGAUAAUAAAAUGAAUAUAGAAUGAAUAGAAUAGAUGAAUAGGAUAUGUAUAUAUAUACAUAUUUAGUUGUAAUAGUUCACUAAAGACUAGUCUGAAAUGUAAGAUUAAGAUGCAAGUCGUCGGUCAAAAGUGUUUUGAUGCUCAAGUUUAAAUAAUAAUUGCAUAUUUGUCAUAUGAAUUGAUCAAUUUAUACGUGUAAGUAAAAUGUCAAGCUAAAUGAUUCAGUAAAUAUCUAUGUUGUAUAUGCAUACAAAGUACGUAAUAGUUGUAGUGUUAUAUUAUAGAUAUGUUAUAGACGGUUUUAUGGGAGUAAAUAGUAAAUCAUAUCCACGCAUUGCUCGGGCGCAUGAACAACCCUUACCUUCUUAAAAUAACACCCAAGUGGGGGAUAUAUUUGAACUCGGUGCGCUCAACUUUUACAUCAAACAUAAAUUCUCUCGCAUUCUUGUACGUAUCGUCGCUAAAUGUUAAAAAAAUUAUUUAUCUAAAUUAAACUAAACUCUAUCUGCUUGUUUAUUAAUUAUUCCAAUUAUUUUCUAUUAUUAUAAAUUUUAAUUGAUAAAAAAAAAUUAAUCUAAACAAUAAAGAUGAAGAUAAUAAUUAAAUUUAAUUGGAUUUUAAUCGGAUUAUUUUUAACAACAAUCGUCAAUGCAAUGAAAAAUACUAAUAAUUAUAAUAAUAAGGAAGAAGAUUCCUUAAAUAUGAUUGAUGGUGAUUCUAUAAAAUUACUAGGAUUAAAACGACCGUUUUGCAAUGCUUUUACUGGAUGUGGAAAAAAAAGAAAUUAUAACGAGCCAAAAGAAGUAUAUGGUGGUGAAGAUGACAUUAACAACAACAAAAAUAACAACAACGACAACAACAAUAGUAUCAAUGAUUCCAUUGUAAAAAUUCCAUUAAAACUUUAUAAGGUUUUAAUUAAUAGUUUCAAUCGUGAAAUACAUCAAAUUGCACAGCAUAAACAGGCUCUAAACAAUAAUUUAAUUGCUACCAAACAAAAUAAUAAUGUUAAUGAUGAAGAUUAUUAUUUUUCAUCAUUACAAAAACAGCCGAUUCGAAAACGCUAUAAUCUAUAAUCCUAUAUUAAUCCAUUUAAAAAAUGAUACAACACAGUAUUAAAUACAUAUGUAUAUUUAUAUCCGUGAUUAUAAUAAAUUAUAUCAUUGUAAUAAUAAUUUGAAAUGGAAUAUUGG